AUGAGUAUGUAUGACUCCAAUAUCUACGCUAGCAUACUACUUAGUAUAAAGCAAUGUUUUGGACAUUUGAGUGGCUGCGGUGGUGCCAGUGUUGAUAGAUCCAUAUGUCUUUGAUGUAUCUAUCCUACAGGUGAGGUGGAGGACCCAGAGUAUGAGGAUUACCUGCCCCGUGAAGAGAGCUGUAAUAAAUGGCUGCAGAGUAGGUAUACACCUUUGCGAGUCCACGGAACUCUACUUUGGACCCCCGCUUCAGACCACUAUAGACCACUACAGACUAGACUGCCUCAAAUCCCCCCAAGACCUAAGACUAACACUUAGAAGUGUUACAAUAAUACUGAUCAUCUUAACAUCCUUUCAGACCCCCAAAACCUUCCUGUGAGAACCAUUUCCGUUUCCUACACCCUAGUUGAAUGCCAGGUCUGUAUCUUCGACCAUUUCGGGCGAAGCCCAUCAGCAUACCAGAAAGCCAUUAUUCUGUAUUAUUCAGUCAAAACUAAGAAAGGCACAUGCAAGAUGUUAUUCAUCAUGGGGGGAAUGUCUUUGUUCACCGUCACCACCAUCCCCCCCACCCGCCUCCCUACUUUUGGUAAUUAUAAACCUCUGAAAUAAAAGACAAGCCACAGAUGAAGACUUUGAGAUUAUUGUUCCGGGGACUUGAUGCCACCGGCUAAAAUGUCAGAGAUGAAGUGAGCAAUCAGUUUGUUGAUAAAAACCAAGUGUGUGUGGACCCCUUCAAAGAGAUAGCAGACCCCCAUGUCUAUAGCCCCCCUCCCCUUCUACCACUUUUUGCAUGCAGGUUCUGAUUACGUGCGUAUCUAAACUGGAACAGGAACUUCUCCAAACUGUAAGGAUGCUAAGAGUAAGAUGAGAGGGAGUGUGAAAGAGCCUGUAAUUUGAUGAACCAGAUAUUUCUACUGAGUGUGAUCUCUCUCUUUCUUUCUCUCUUUCUCUCUCGCUCUCUCUCUUUCUCUCUCCCUCUUUCUCUCUCUCUCUUUCUCUCUCUCUUUCUCUCUCUCUCUCUUCUCUCUCUCGCGCUCUCUCUCCACAGUUGUCUUGAUGUCUUCAUAAACCCUCCAUACACCUCGUAGAGCAUAGCGCACAGUACUGUUCUGAUCCCCUGCUCGCUCUGUAGGGGGAAAUAGCACCUGAACCAGGAGUCACAUAAUGACCUCUUACGGGUCUCUUGUAAACUUCAUCUCCCUUGUUUCCCAGGGGGAUUGAGUAACCCCACAGAGACUUUGCUUAUACAGCUUGUGCGUUUGCAUUUUACUGACUGUGCCAUAUGAAGUGUGUGUGUGUGUGUUUGUAAUGUCUAUAAUGUCUAUGCCUCAAUUUAUGUGUGUGUUUUGAAAAGCUGUAGAAGUUUUCCUCUUGGCAUGCUCCAUUAAUAUUUAUGUGAGGCGUUUUUUUUCCCUGAUGUGGAAUAGACAGGGCCUGAAGGCCUGAUUUCCGGCUCUUUGCUCUCCUUAUGUCUUUCUAUACCUCCAUUCCACCCACCAUCUCUCUCUCUCUCUCUCUCUCUCUCUCGCUCCUCUCCCCCAUUCCUUCUCGCUCGCUCUCUCACUCAAUUCAAUUCAAAGGGCUUUAUUGGCAUGGGAAAUGUAUGUUUACAUUGCUAAAACAAGUGAAAUAGACAAUAAACAACAGUGAAAUAAACAAUCAGAAAUUAACAGUAAACAUUACACAAAAUAAUGGAGAUUUGUUAUAUUAUGGCUAUAUACCGUGUUGCUACAACGUGCAAAUAGUUGAACAAAAGGAAAAAAUAAAUAAACAGAUAAAUAUGGGUUGCAUUUACAAUGGUGUUUGUGCUUCACUGGUUGCCCUUUUCUUGUGGCAAUAGGACACAAAUCUUGCUGCUGUGAUGGCACACUGUGGUAUUUCACCUUAUAUGGGAGUUUAUUGGAUUUUUUUUCGAAUUCUUUGUGGACCUGUGUAAUCUGAAGGAAAUCACUCUCUCUCUCUCUGAAUAAUUGCUCUCCCAGGUAGAGGCUUGUUCCCCCCUGUAGUGUCGUCUAAUGCAGUGUUGGCUUUUGGGUGCUGGGAUGCUUGGGCUAGCCUAGCCGCGUAGCCACGUAGCGAUGCGCUGGAAGAGAGCAGCCCUGUCUCCCAGGAAUGCCCCAUGGGGCACGGCUGAAGAAUGAGCUUUUGUUGCUCCUGUCGUUCCUCCAGGGAUGUUUUGGCUGCCGAGAGCUGAGGGGAUGACAGGAAUAGGGUAAGGCGUAUCCCAGGCAACUCUCUGAUGGCUGGGAGGGGAAUUAGGUUGGAGGGUUUUGGGUUAGUGGCUUACUGUUAGUUACAGGCCAGGUUGAGUCAUGCUCAAGGUUAUCAUUAAAACUCUGGGUUAGGGUUAGCAAAUAUGAGUGUACACCCUCUUCUUGUAUGCCAACACCUAUUCACACUUUUUAAUUGCGACAGUCCUGAGACAGAUUAACUCACCCAGUGGUCUCUGUUUUUGUGAUAUCUGUGGGCUGAGCUGGUUGUGAUUGGUUUGAACUUGGUGAACUUCGCAUAUUAAAUGUGGAGAGGAUAGUUUGGAUUGGAUUAGGCUGCAUUAGUAUGUUCAAAUGGAUCCUAUUCAUCCCCCACAGUGGGCAGAUAGGUGUAGGAGAGGUGACUGCCUGGUUUUAUGUGAUGCUAUGCUGCUGUCUGCUGGCAUGAAAAGGGAGUGCUUCAAAUGAGAGCUCUUGGGUGCAUCUCAAUAGUGGCUUCCUCUCCUCAUCCCCCUGCUUUCACAUUCACUGAUGUGAUGGAGCGAUUUAGAGCAAAUUCACGGUGAAUAUCUUAUCCACCAUAUUGCCUUCACCUAGCGUAGUGUUUUCGGAUCAGUGCAGAUGAUGAAGAGGAGACUGAUAGAGGAAGCCACGUUUCAGAAUUGCGAUGCACCCAGUAACUGCCAAGGUGAAGGAGAUGUACAAUGAAACUGACUUUUCGAUUAAUGAUUGACACCAACCCUUGUCGCCAUACAGAAAACCCCAAGCAAAGCGUCACCUGUGCAAAGGAGUACUACCAGUAAAUGAAUUAUUGUUGAAUCAUCUUUGACAGUUGCACUGCAGCCUACAGAUAUAUUGUGAUAUGAAGGUGGAGGUUGGGGCCUGAUUCCGACUGAAGCUGCCCAAACAGGACCUACAGAGUGAAUGAUACCAUGACGUGUGUCAAGUGUGAGGACAGCCACUGUUCCAACUGUGACCAGUCCCAGUACUACUGGUGUGAGGACUUCUACGUCUCAGGUAGGACCCAUCAUUCAGUUGAUAUUUCUACUCUGAAUUUUGUCAGUGAAUAAUUUGGUAGAACACACACUUUAUGUCAUUGGUCAUUAAACAAGUGUGUGCGUUUCCAAACGGAGAGUGUGUGGAGCAGUGUAAGGAGGGGUUCUUUGUUGGUCGAGGAGAGUCAGGAAUGCGAACUGUGUCACUGCAUGUGUCAGACGUGCGGCGGGCCCAACUAUGACGACUGUGACUCAUGCGAGGAUGACUUCACUCUGAAAGACUGAGAGUGUGUGGACACCACUCUGCUUCCUGCCCUGACAAGCGUUUCCUCAACAGUAAGGCCUCAUCUGAACUUCAUACUUACCUAACUAACACUUCAUAUAAGUUCAGGGGUCUGCAACUGGUGGCCAGUGGGCCAAAUCCGGCCCAUGCACGAGACAGUUUGAUGUGGCAUGCGAAGGUUGUCCAGUCAUUCCUCGUUUCUCUUUUGUUCCAAUAAAAGUCUCAUUAUUUAACUCAUUCUCUGCUCAGGUCAGGGUGAAUGUGAGCAGUGCCACUCCAGUUGUAAGACAUGCGCAGGCUCUGGGAAGGAUCAGUGUAACAUCUGUGACACAGGUAAGAGUUGAGUGCAUGGGAUUUAGUGUGCCUGAUUGCUAUGUCCUCCUCGGUCCGUGGCGGGGGGUAAUUGCCUCUGUAAUUUAUCUGCGUUCUCUCACCUGUAUUAGUACUUCUUAAGUCACCUUUACUAUAGUUUGAUGGUGUGGUUUAAUUGUGUAUGUGAAGGUGAGGAGUGA